AUGACGCCAGCGGCGACGGCCUCUCCGACCCCGAGCGGCCCGAGCUCGACCCAUCAGAAACGCCUAGUCGCGAGGGUCCUGCCACUCCCGCCCCCGCCGCUACGCCUCCCCCAUGGGAUGCGCGAGAGCGACCGAUGGGUCCCCCCGGAGCCGGUGGUCGACGUAGCCGGCGAUCACGAUCAGCCCGGUAAUCGCGGCGGCAGCAGACGCCCCGGUAAUCGCGGCGGCAGCAGAGUGCUGCAGCGGGCCCGGGAGUUACGGAGGGGUUCGUUGUCGGUCCCCCCGGAGCCGGUGGUCGACGUAAUAGCCGGCGAUCACGAUCAGCCCGGUAAUCGCGGCGGCAGCAGAGUGCUGCAGCGGGCCCGGGAGUUACGGAGGGGUUCGUUGUCGGUCCCCCCGGAGCCGGUGGUCGACGUAAUAGCCGGCGAUCACGAUCAGCCCGGUAAUCGCGGCGGCAGCAGAGUGCUGCAGCGGGCCCGGGAGUUACGGAGGGGUUCGUUGUCGGUCCCCCCGGAGCCGGUGGUCGACGUAAUAGCCGGCGAUCACGAUCAGCCCGGUAAUCGCGGCGGCAGCAGAGUGCUGCAGCGGGCCCGGGAGUUACGGAGGGGUUCGUUGUCGGUCCCCCCGGAGCCGGUGGUCGACGUAAUAGCCGGCGAUCACGAUCAGCCCGGUAAUCGCGGCGGCAGCAGAGUGCUGCAGCGGGCCCGGGAGUUACGGAGGGGUUCGUUGUCGGUCCCCCCGGAGCCGGUGGUCGACGUAAUAGCCGGCGAUCACGAUCAGCCCGGUAAUCGCGGCGGCAGCAGAGUGCUGCAGCGGGCCCGGGAGUUACGGAGGGGUUCGUUGUCGGUCCCCCCGGAGCCGGUGGUCGACGUAAUAGCCGGCGAUCACGAUCAGCCCGGUAAUCGCGGGGCAGCAGAGUGCUGCAGCGGGCCCGGGAGUUACGGAGGGCCCGGUAAUCGCGGCGGCAGCAGACGCGUACUGCGAUUGGGGCAGCAGCAGGCCCGGGAGUUAGGGAAGGGUUCGUUGUCGGUCCCCCCGGAGCCGGUGGUCGACGUAAUAGCCGGCGAUCACGAUCAGCCCGGUAAUCGCUGCGGCAGCAGAGUGCUGCAGCGGGCCCGGGAGUUACGGAGGGGUUCGUUGUCGGUCCCCCCGGAGCCGGUGGUCGACGUAAUAGCCGGCGAUCACGAUCAGCCCGGUAAUCGCGGCGGCAGCAGAGUGCUGCAGCGGGCCCGGGAGUUACGGAGGGGUUCGUUGUCGGUCCCCCCGGAGCCGGUGGUCGACGUAAUAGCCGGCGAUCACGAUCAGCCCGGUAAUCGCGGCGGCAGCAGAGUGCUGCAGCGGGCCCGGGAGUUACGGAUAGGUUCGUUGUCGGUCCCCCCGGAGCCGGUGGUCGACGUAAUAGCCGGCGAUCACGAUCAGCCCGGUAAUCGCGGCGGCAGCAGACGCGUACUGCGAUUGGGGCAGCAGCAGGCCCGGGAGUUAGGGAAGGGUUCGUUGUCGGUCCCCCCGGAGCCGGUGGUCGACGUAAUAGCCGGCGAUCACGAUCAGCCCGGUAAUCGCGGCGGCAGCAGAGUGCUGCAGCGGGCCCGGGAGUUACGGAGGGGUUCGUUGUCGGUCCCCCCGGAGACGGUGGUCAACGUAAUAGCCGGCGAUCACGAUCAGCCCGGUAAUCGCGGCGGCAGCAGAGUGCUGCAGCGGGCCCGGGAGUUACGGAGGGGUUCGUUGUCGGUCCCCCCGGAGCCGGUGGUCGACGUAAUAGCCGGCGAUCACGAUCAGCCCGGUAAUCGCGGCGGCAGCAGACGCGUACUGCGAUUGGGGCAGCAGCAGGCCCGGGAGUUAGGGAAGGGUUCGUUGUCGGUCCCCCCGGAGCCGGUGGUCGACGUAAUAGCCGGCGAUCACGAUCAGCCCGGUAAUCGCGGCGGCAGCAGAGUGCUGCAGCGGGCCCGGGAGUUACGGAGGGGUUCGUUGUCGGUCCCCCCGGAGCCGGUGGUCGACGUAAUAGCCGGCGAUCACGAUCAGCCCGGUAAUCGCGGCGGCAGCAGAGUGCUGCAGCGGGCCCGGGAGUUACGGAGGGGUUCGUUGUCGGUCCCCCCGGAGCCGGUGGUCGACGUAAUAGCCGGCGAUCACGAUCAGCCCGGUAAUCGCGGCGGCAGCAGACGCGUACUGCGAUUGGGGCAGCAGCAGGCCCGGGAGUUAGGGAAGGGUUCGUUGUCGGUCCCCCCGGAGCCGGUGGUCGACGUAAUAGCCGGCGAUCACGAUCAGCCCGGUAAUCGCGGCGGCAGCAGAGUGCUGCAGCGGGCCCGGGAGUUACGGAGGGGUUCGUUGUCGGUCCCCCCGGAGACGGUGGUCGACGUAAUAGCCGGCGAUCACGAUCAGCCCGGUAAUCGCGGCGGCAGCAGAGUGCUGCAGCGGGCCCGGGAGGGUUCGUUGUCGGUCCCCCCGGAGCCGGUGGUCGACGUAAUAGCCGGCGAUCACGAUCAGCCCGGUAAUCGCGGCGGCAGCAGACGCGUACUGCGAUUGGGGCAGCAGCGGGCCCGGGAGUUACGGAGGGGUUCGUUGUCGGUCCCCCCGGAGACGGUGGUCGACGUAAUAGCCGGCGAUCACGAUCAGCCCGGUAAUCGCGGCGGCAGCAGACGCGUACUGCGAUUGGGGCAGCAGCAGGCCCGGGAGUUAGGGAAGGGUUCGUUGUCGGUCCCCCCGGAGCCGGUGGUCGACGUAAUAGCCGGCGAUCACGAUCAGCCCGGUAAUCGCGGCGGCAGCAGAGUGCUGCAGCGGGCCCGGGAGUUACGGAGGGGUUCGUUGUCGGUCCCCCCGGAGCCGGUGGUCGACGUAAUAGCCGGCGAUCACGAUCAGCCCGGUAAUCGCGGCGGCAGCAGAGUGCUGCAGCGGGCCCGGGAGUUACGGAGGGGUUCGUUGUCGGUCCCCCCGGAGCCGGUGGUCGACGUAAUAGCCGGCGAUCACGAUCAGCCCGGUAAUCGCGGCGGCAGCAGAGUGCUGCAGCGGGCCCGGGAGUUACGGAGGGGUUCGUUGUCGGUCCCCCCGGAGCCGGUGGUCGACGUAAUAGCCGGCGAUCACGAUCAGCCCGGUAAUCGCGGCGGCAGCAGACGCGUACUGCGAUUGGGGCAGCAGCAGGCCCGGGAGUUAGGGAAGGGUUCGUUGUCGGUCCCCCCGGAGCCAGUGGUCGACGUAAUAGCCGGCGAUCACGAUCAGCCCGGUAAUCGCGGUGGCAGCAGAGUGCUGCAGCGGGCCCGGGAGUUACGGAGGGGUUCGUUGUCGGUCCCCCCGGAGCCGGUGGUCGACGUAAUAGCCGGCGAUCACGAUCAGCCCGGUAAUCGCGGCGGCAGCAGAGUGCUGCAGCGGGCCCGGGAGUUACGGAGGGGUUCGUUGUCGGUCCCCCCGGAGCCGGUGGUCGACGUAAUAGCCGGCGAUCACGAUCAGCCCGGUAAUCGCGGCGGCAGCAGAGUGCUGCAGCGGACCCGGGAGUUACGGAUGGGUUCGUUGUCGGUCCCCCCGGAGCCGGUGGUCGACGUAAUAGCCGGCGAUCACGAUCAGCCCGGUAAUCGCGGCGGCAGCAGACGCGUACUGCGAUUGGGGCAGCAGCAGGCCCGGGAGUUAGGGAAGGGUUCGUUGUCGGUCCCCCCGGAGCCGGUGGUCGACGUAAUAGCCGGCGAUCACGAUCAGCCCGGUAAUCGCGGCGGCAGCAGAGUGCUGCAGCGGGCCCGGGAGUUACGGAGGGGUUCGUUGUCGGUCCCCCCGGAGACGGUGGUCAACGUAAUAGCCGGCGAUCACGAUCAGCCCGGUAAUCGCGGCGGCAGCAGAGUGCUGCAGCGGGCCCGGGAGUUACGGAGGGGUUCGUUGUCGGUCCCCCCGGAGCCGGUGGUCGACGUAAUAGCCGGCGAUCACGAUCAGCCCGGUAAUCGCGGCGGCAGCAGACGCGUACUGCGAUUGGGGCAGCAGCAGGCCCGGGAGUUAGGGAAGGGUUCGUUGUCGGUCCCCCCGGAGCCGGUGGUCGACGUAAUAGCCGGCGAUCACGAUCAGCCCGGUAAUCGCGGCGGCAGCAGAGUGCUGCAGCGGGCCCGGGAGUUACGGAGGGGUUCGUUGUCGGUCCCCCCGGAGCCGGUGGUCGACGUAAUAGCCGGCGAUCACGAUCAGCCCGGUAAUCGCGGCGGCAGCAGACGCGUACUGCGAUUGGGGCAGCAGCAGGCCCGGGAGUUAGGGAAGGGUUCGUUGUCGGUCCCCCCGGAGCCGGUGGUCGACGUAAUAGCCGGCGAUCACGAUCAGCCCGGUAAUCGCGGCGGCAGCAGAGUGCUGCAGCGGGCCCGGGAGUUACGGAGGGGUUCGUUGUCGGUCCCCCCGGAGCCGGUGGUCGACGUAAUAGCCGGCGAUCACGAUCAGCCCGGUAAUCGCGGCGGCAGCAGAGUGCUGCAGCGGGCCCGGGAGUUACGGAGGGGUUCGUUGUCGGUCCCCCCGGAGCCGGUGGUCGACGUAAUAGCCGGCGAUCACGAUCAGCCCGGUAAUCGCGGCGGCAGCAGACGCGUACUGCGAUUGGGGCAGCAGCAGGCCCGGGAGUUAGGGAAGGGUUCGUUGUCGGUCCCCCCGGAGCCGGUGGUCGACGUAAUAGCCGGCGAUCACGAUCAGCCCGGUAAUCGCGGCGGCAGCAGAGUGCUGCAGCGGGCCCGGGAGUUACGGAGGGGUUCGUUGUCGGUCCCCCCGGAGCCGGUGGUCGACGUAAUAGCCGGCGAUCACGAUCAGCCCGGUAAUCGCGGCGGCAGCAGAGUGCUGCAGCGGGCCCGGGAGUUACGGAGGGGUUCGUUGUCGGUCCCCCCGGAGACGGUGGUCAACGUAAUAGCCGGCGAUCACGAUCAGCCCGGUAAUCGCGGCGGCAGCAGAGUGCUGCAGCGGGCCCGGGAGUUACGGAGGGGUUCGUUGUCGGUCCCCCCGGAGCCGGUGGUCGACGUAAUAGCCGGCGAUCACGAUCAGCCCGGUAAUCGCGGCGGCAGCAGACGCGUACUGCGAUUGGGGCAGCAGCAGGCCCGGGAGUUAGGGAAGGGUUCGUUGUCGGUCCCCCCGGAGCCGGUGGUCGACGUAAUAGCCGGCGAUCACGAUCAGCCCGGUAAUCGCGGCGGCAGCAGAGUGCUGCAGCGGGCCCGGGAGUUACGGAGGGGUUCGUUGUCGGUCCCCCCGGAGCCGGUGGUCGACGUAAUAGCCGGCGAUCACGAUCAGCCCGGUAAUCGCGGCGGCAGCAGACGCGUACUGCGAUUGGGGCAGCAGCAGGCCCGGGAGUUAGGGAAGGGUUCGUUGUCGGUCCCCCCGGAGCCGGUGGUCGACGUAAUAGCCGGCGAUCACGAUCAGCCCGGUAAUCGCGGCGGCAGCAGAGUGCUGCAGCGGGCCCGGGAGUUACGGAGGGGUUCGUUGUCGGUCCCCCCGGAGCCGGUGGUCGACGUAAUAGCCGGCGAUCACGAUCAGCCCGGUAAUCGCGGCGGCAGCAGAGUGCUGCAGCGGGCCCGGGAGUUACGGAGGGGUUCGUUGUCGGUCCCCCCGGAGCCGGUGGUCGACGUAAUAGCCGGCGAUCACGAUCAGCCCGGUAAUCGCGGCGGCAGCAGACGCGUACUGCGAUUGGGGCAGCAGCAGGCCCGGGAGUUAGGGAAGGGUUCGUUGUCGGUCCCCCCGGAGCCGGUGGUCGACGUAAUAGCCGGCGAUCACGAUCAGCCCGGUAAUCGCGGCGGCAGCAGAGUGCUGCAGCGGGCCCGGGAGUUACGGAGGGGUUCGUUGUCGGUCCCCCCGGAGACGGUGGUCGACGUAAUAGCCGGCGAUCACGAUCAGCCCGGUAAUCGCGGCGGCAGCAGAGUGCUGCAGCGGGCCCGGGAGGGUUCGUUGUCGGUCCCCCCGGAGCCGGUGGUCGACGUAAUAGCCGGCGAUCACGAUCAGCCCGGUAAUCGCGGCGGCAGCAGACGCGUACUGCGAUUGGGGCAGCAGCGGGCCCGGGAGUUACGGAGGGGUUCGUUGUCGGUCCCCCCGGAGACGGUGGUCGACGUAAUAGCCGGCGAUCACGAUCAGCCCGGUAAUCGCGGCGGCAGCAGACGCGUACUGCGAUUGGGGCAGCAGCAGGCCCGGGAGUUAGGGAAGGGUUCGUUGUCGGUCCCCCCGGAGCCGGUGGUCGACGUAAUAGCCGGCGAUCACGAUCAGCCCGGUAAUCGCGGCGGCAGCAGAGUGCUGCAGCGGGCCCGGGAGUUACGGAGGGGUUCGUUGUCGGUCCCCCCGGAGCCGGUGGUCGACGUAAUAGCCGGCGAUCACGAUCAGCCCGGUAAUCGCGGCGGCAGCAGAGUGCUGCAGCGGGCCCGGGAGUUACGGAGGGGUUCGUUGUCGGUCCCCCCGGAGCCGGUGGUCGACGUAAUAGCCGGCGAUCACGAUCAGCCCGGUAAUCGCGGCGGCAGCAGAGUGCUGCAGCGGGCCCGGGAGUUACGGAGGGGUUCGUUGUCGGUCCCCCCGGAGCCGGUGGUCGACGUAAUAGCCGGCGAUCACGAUCAGCCCGGUAAUCGCGGCGGCAGCAGACGCGUACUGCGAUUGGGGCAGCAGCAGGCCCGGGAGUUAGGGAAGGGUUCGUUGUCGGUCCCCCCGGAGCCAGUGGUCGACGUAAUAGCCGGCGAUCACGAUCAGCCCGGUAAUCGCGGUGGCAGCAGAGUGCUGCAGCGGGCCCGGGAGUUACGGAGGGGUUCGUUGUCGGUCCCCCGGGAGACGGUGGUCGACGUAAUAGCCGGCGAUCACGAUCAGCCCGGUAAUCGCGGCGGCAGCAGAGUGCUGCAGCGGGCCCGGGAGUUACGGAGGGGUUCGUUGUCGGUCCCCCCGGAGCCGGUGGUCGACGUAAUAGCCGGCGAUCACGAUCAGCCCGGUAAUCGCGGCGGCAGCAGACGCGUACUGCGAUUGGGGCAGCAGCAGGCCCGGGAGUUAGGGAAGGGUUCGUUGUCGGUCCCCCCGGAGCCGGUGGUCGACGUAAUAGCCGGCGAUCACGAUCAGCCCGGUAAUCGCGGCGGCAGCAGAGUGCUGCAGCGGGCCCGGGAGUUACGGAGGGGUUCGUUGUCGGUCCCCCCGGAGCCGGUGGUCGACGUAAUAGCCGGCGAUCACGAUCAGCCCGGUAAUCGCGGCGGCAGCAGAGUGCUGCAGCGGGCCCGGGAGUUACGGAGGGGUUCGUGGUCGGUCCCCCCGGAGCCGGUGGUCGACGUAAUAGCCGGCGAUCACGAUCAGCCCGGUAAUCGCGGCGGCAGCAGACGCGUACUGCGAUUGGGGCAGCAGCAGGCCCGGGAGUUAGGGAAGGGUUCGUUGUCGGUCCCCCCGGAGCCGGUGGUCGACGUAAUAGCCGGCGAUUACGAUCAGCCCGGUAAUCGCGGCGGCAGCAGAGUGCUGCAGCGGGCCCGGGAGUUACGGAGGGGUUCGUUGUCGGUCCCCCCGGAGACGGUGGUCGACGUAAUAGCCGGCGAUCACGAUCAGCCCGGUAAUCGUGGCGGCAGCAGAGUGCUGCAGCGGGCCCGGGAGUUACGGAGGGGUUCGUUGUCGGUCCCCCCGGAGCCGGUGGUCGACGUAAUAGCCGGCGAUCACGAUCAGCCCGGUAAUCGCGGCGGCAGCAGACGCGUACUGCGAUUGGGGCAGCAGCGGGCCCGGGAGUUACGGAGGGGUUCGUUGUCGGUCCCCCCGGAGACGGUGGUCGACGUAAUAGCCGGCGAUCACGAUCAGCCCGGUAAUCGCGGUGGCAGCAGACGCGUACUGCGAUUGGGGCAGCAGCAGGCCCGGGAGUUAGGGAAGGGUUCGUUGUCGGUCCCCCCGGAGCCGGUGGUCGACGUAAUAGCCGGCGAUCACGAUCAGCCCGGUAAUCGCGGCGGCAGCAGAGUGCUGCAGCGGGCCCGGGAGUUACGGAGGGGUUCGUUGUCGGUCUCCCCGGAGCCGGUGGUCGACGUAAUAGCCGGCGAUCACGAUCAGCCCGGUAAUCGCGGCGGCAGCAGAGUGCUGCAGCGGGCCCGGGAGUUACGGAGGGGUUCGUUGUCGGUCCCCCCGGAGCCGGUGGUCGACGUAAUAGCCGGCGAUCACGAUCAGCCCGGUAAUCGCGGCGGCAGCAGACGCCUAAAGGUUAAAGUUCUAGGUCAACAUUUAAACAGUUGCGUCACGCAGCUGGAGCGACGGCAAAGUCUUUCCAUCUCCAUCCCCACAUUCAGCGCAGAGCUACAGUCGUAG